AAGCCAAAAGUGCUCCAAAAAAGAAGAAAGGUUCAGGCACAGAUGACGAUGACGAUGAUGAAGAUGAUGAAGACACCGCCAAGAAGAAAACUAAGAAAAAGACAACAAAGGACAGCUCUCCAUCUGCAAGUUCUGGCAAAGAGAAGAAAACUAAAUCUAAAGAAGACAAAGAUUCUGAUGGAAAAGAAAAAAAGUCCAAGUCAAAGGAGAAGGAUAAGAAGAAGGAGCCCGCUUCAAUGUUCCAGAUAAAUGGAGAAAAAGACUCGAAAAGCAAGAAGAAAGCUGCCAAAUCAGACAGCGACGACAGUGAAGAAGAGACAAAGUCGACCAAAUCGAAGAAGAAAUCCACCACUGGCUCUGCGUCCAUGUUCCAAACAACAGGAGACAAAGACAAAGACAAAGACAAGAAGACGAAGAAGAAAGGAAAGGCAGAAGAGAGUGAUGAUUCCGACUCUGAAAAAGAGGAAAAAUCUAAGAAGAAAAAGGGCAAAGGGAAGAAGAAAAAGGAGAGAUCUCCAUCACCUGAGAUUGAGUUUGACGACUUGGAGAAGUUUGUGAUGGACCCGGCUCCACAGGGCAUGACCAUCAAAUGCAGGGUGACACGAGACCAGAGAGGGAUGGAUAAGAGCCUCUACCCUCUGUAUUACCUUCAUCUAGACAAUGAAAAAAAGACAUUCCUGUUGGCUGGGAGGAAAAGAAAGAAAAGUGCAACUUCAAAUUACCUCAUCUCCAUUGAUGCCACAGAUUUAUCAAGAGGUGGAGAGAAUUUUGUUGGAAAGCUAAGAUCAAAUUUAAUGGGGACAAAGUUCACAGUAUUUGACAACGCUCUGAAUCCAGAACGAGCUCUUCCAGACAUGUCUAACGCACGGCAGGAAUUAGCAGGGAUCAUCUAUGAAACAAAUGUCUUAGGAAUGAAAGGACCCAGAAGGAUGAUGGUCAUCAUCCCAGGAAUGAACAAGGACAACGAGCGAGUGCCACUCCGACCCAGAAAUGAAUGUGACGGCUUGUUGAUAAGACACCAGAAUAGAAGGAUGGAAAAUCUGAUCGAGCUUCACAACAAGACGCCAGUGUGGAACGAAGAAACAGCGUCUCAUGUGCUCAACUUCAACGGCAGGGUCACCCAGGCCUCCAUCAAGAACUUCCAGAUAGUCCAUAACAAAGACUUGGACUACAUUGUGAUGCAGUUUGGGCGGAUAGCGGAUGACAUUUUCACACUGGACUUCAACUACCCGCUGUGUGCCGUGCAGGCCUUUGCCAUUGCGCUCUCCAGCUUCGAUGGCAAAAUUGCCUGUGAAUAACCGUUAGAUCCCCACUAACCUACGCACACUGAAACCAGUAUGCGACACACCCACACUUCCCACACGCAUCAGACCAAUCCAUGUCUCUGGACUCGCCUUCAACACUUCCUGCGAUAGGCAAUUGAUGGUUCCUUGAAUGUGGCAAUGCCUGGUGCUGCGCCUUCGCCUUUAUGGCCGUGUGAUUCCCUAAAGGAGUAAGAAACCAAAAAUAUUAUCACCUGAUCUUGCACAGCAUGGCACUGGAGAGUCCUGCCUUGUGUCUCUGUAGUUUCAGUGGAAACGUGUGAAUUUCUGUGAAGACUUGCACACAUUCAAAGGACUCCAGUGAACGGAGAGUUACGGCUUUUUUUGAAGGGAUGAUGAUACACCUCGAUGAUGAAGGUGUUUAUAUAUUACUAACAUCUUGAUGUUAAGAUGUUAAAAUGUGUUAUGUUUUGGCUUUGUUGUGCUGUAUUGUAUUGUAUUGUUGUAUUGGGCUGUAUUUACAAUGCCAAUAGGUCACCAAUGUCUUGUGUCAGAUGUUACUUUGAAAUGCAAACACACCAAAAAAUUCAAUCAUAAAAAUGUAAUCAUCAUCUAGCUUCUUAACGGCAAAAAAGAUUGUUUUAAUUGAAGAGUUACACUUUGUGAAAUAUCAGCUAUCUGUACAAGUUACACUGAUAGCAUUAAAAGAAUUAAAUUACAUUUAUUUGACCCUUAUUAAAUGUCAUAACAGCGGUCUUGCACAACAGACUGUCCAUAUUUUAUUGACUUUGAAACAUCAAUUCCAGGUAUCAGGUAUUAACGUCGAAUAUGUUGAGGUGUAACACUUUGGAAUAGGAGUGUCUGUAGUUCUUGGUAUCUAAUGUUAACACGUAAUGUUUUGAUAGAAUACUCGAUCAAAUUUAGUUCAUGACUCUGGAGAUUUUUCUGUCCAUUUCUGAUGAUUCGGUUUGAGCUUCCAUAGAUUUUUAUAUUUAUGUGUUUGUUUGUUUUUUGUUUGUUUGAUUGAUUUUUUUUUUGG